AUCAAACCGGCGGUUUCCGCCGCGACCGUAACGAGGUACCGCCACCGUACGUUCGAAUCGACAUUGCCGGAGAACGUGUGAACACAAGGCUACUUACGGCUACCUUGAUUCUUUGCUCCGUUAGCGAAAGCUCGGCGUGGUCAUCCGUCAACCCCGCUACAACAGAUCCGAUUGUACUCUUACAAGCACCAGCACCGGCUCGGAUGGCGAAUCAAGCGAUGGUUUGCUGUGAAGAUACUGUUAGCCUAAAGGAAGACAAGUUGAAAAUAGGCGUGGUAGACAGGACUUUCGGCGAUAUCGACUCCCACGAACCCAGGCCCCAGCGAGAUUACCUUACCGAGAUUGUCUGUGACGACAGCAUUCCGAAAGCGAAGUUCGAAUCAUUCCUACGCUCUGGAGUUCCCCCACGAGAUACUGCCCUUGUGUCAUGGCAGACUGAGAACAAUGUCGAGCUCAUUCCCGUCGAUAAGUUGGAAGUGCUGGAUCGGGCCUUGUAUGUGGGUGACGUUGUGAAGAGAAACCAGAAAGAUGCGAUGAGUGGUACGGUCGUUGGGAAUAAGACCAUUUGUAGUCUUUUACCCGCAGCAAGAUCCGAAAAUUACGAGAUACCGCCUGGCCUCGACGAGCUCGUGACAAUACACAACGUUCCGAGUAGCGAGCUUCUCAACGUUCACGCCUACAACGAAGGGGCUUUGGUAGUUUACAAGGAUUGGGUGGGCAAGAUAGAGGAUGUGUUUGAUGAAGUUGCUGUGCGACUGUCGAAUAAUUCCGUGGUUGUGGUGGAGGAUCCUGAAGAGCUAGUACUGGACGGUCCCCACACCAGCCUUCGGGCGUCCUCAUAUGAAAGGUGGUACGUGGGCGACAUAGUCAAGACAAAGAAGUACAAUCUUCGAAGGGGAAAAUGGAUAUACGGAUCCUUCAACCCGAACAUACGUCCGCAGGGUAUUGUCGUUCAGGUCCGUACUAUCCGAGUUACUGUGCGUUGGCUUGCCAGGCGCUUCGGCAGGGACCCCACUCACUCCAAUGCCUGGGAACCACCUACAGUACUUGAACUGGACGAACUGGAGAGUCCCGAAUUUCGCAUAUAUGAUGCUAGCGGCGCCGUCGCCGAUAUGCUCCCUCACCAGGAGAAUGGUGCCGGCCCAUCGUACCAUGUUGCGGAAGUCUGCGUUGGCGACAGGGUUCGGUUCAAGGAUGUCGUCAGAGCCGCUGCCAAAUACGAUGAGCCCUUGAGACUGCCAAACAAUCUGCCUCAAGGGAAACUGCAGUUGAUCCCACGGACGGAAACUCUUGGGUAUGAUAUGAACGUCUAUAUGGUCGCGCAAACGCAUUCUCGGGUUAUGGUUCAAUGGCAGGAUCUUACUGUGACUGAGGAAUCAGCGAAACUGUUAGUCCCGGAUCACAACGUUGGGGACGAGGAUGAGGUCUGGCCCGGGGAGAUAGUGUUCACUCGCGAAGAACACAAAGAGACCGAACCAGAACUCCAAUGGACGAAUAGUCCGGCGAAAGUGGGAAUUGUUCAGGCAAUAAAAUCCCGCGAUCGUAUAGCUACCGUCCGUUGGUUUGACAGCCCUUUGAUCCGCUACUUCCAACACGACCUUAUCCCGCCUACGCGAACUGGAGAGCUGAAACCUGAGACUGAAGAUGUCAGUUUAUAUGACAUCCAGUCUCACACUACCAUAACACGCCGCCGCGGCGAUUUUGUCAUAAUUCAUAAAAACCCGAGUGAAGACUCCUCGAACUCCGCUCACGAUUGGUUCGGCGAAGUGGUCGACCUAGGGCUUGACGGUAAGCUUGUCGUCAGGCUGGGAGCCUCACCCGUAGUACGGGACGUCAAGGUUUCAUAUGAGGAUGUCACUCUGGUAUAUAGUGGGGACGAUGAGCUUUAUCCGCUCGCCGAUGGCAUCGAUGGCGAGCCAGUCGGUUCCUCUGACGAUGGAGUUUCUGGAUCGGACGAAUAUGAGGAAAUGUGGAUCGAGUACGAAGGCAUGGACGGGGAGCCAAUAAACAGUGGUGAUGAGCACGAUUGGUCGACCGAAGAAGAAGAUGGUGCGGACGAUGAUGAGGAGGAUGAAUCAAUGCCAGACCUCGAACCUCCGGAGAGUCGUUCUAGACCAGGUUCCGAAAGUCCGACGGAUAUUUCCAGCACGCAUAUCGACUUGAACGGAGACCACAGUUUGUCUCGAGGCCCGGUCGGCGCUUCAACCGAGCCUCCUAGUGUACCAGCGGGGGCACCACCCAAUCUCCCAGAUUUAAACACAGAGAAAUUGAGCCCCUUUGUCGUCCUUGACACCCAACCCCCUUCGAACCACCACUAUCUACACGAAUCGCCUGCUGUCCAAUCCAAGAUCCUUAAACGCAUUGCUAAGGAACAUAAAAUCCUCCGCACCUCCCUUCCGCCAGGGAUUCUUGUGCGUACAUGGGAGUCGCGUCUAGAUCUCAUCCGUGUCCUCAUGAUUGGCCCAUCCGAUACUCCCUACGAGUUCGCUCCCUUCAUGAUUGAUCUUCAUGUCGGCGCUUCUUAUCCCCUAGAGCCCCCACGCGCGUACUUCCAUAGCUGGACAGAUGGAAUGGGUCCGGUGAACCCCAAUCUGUAUGAAGACGGAAAGAUUUGCUUGAGUCUGUUGGGAACUUGGCACACCGACGAACACAACGAGUCCUGGUCCCCCGACAAGAGCACGUUACUCCAAGUAUUGGUCUCGAUCCACAGCCUCGUACUGGUGAAGGAGCCAUAUUACAACGAAGCGGGGUUCGAUAUCCAUCGUGGCGCCCCCGAGACAAAACUCAAUAGUGCUUUGUACACUGAAAGAGCAUAUUUCCGCGCACGGGCUUUUAUAGUGUACGCUCUUACGCACCCUUCUGUUGUUGAUCCUUUCCGACAAGAGCUGGAGUAUAUGUAUCUGAGACAAUGGGAUAACUCGCCGCAGUUGUUGAACAAGGCGAUUGCGGCGGCGAAAGAGAUUUUAGUCCGAAGUGAAACGGAUGGAGAUGAGGAGAGGGAUGGACUUCGGCGUAUCAGCCGUGGCGCAACGGUGAUGCUUAAGCGGCAGGUUGAGCAGUUGGAGAAGCUCGAAAGACAGACACUGUCUUACUAGGAGUUAGAGCGGGUCAUAGGUUCUCUGAGUGAGCUACUGAAUUGAUAGGAAUAGACUUAGGCGUACGGUGGUAGCAUACCGGAUUGGCCGCAUACUCCUGAAAGGCGAGACCUUCGCAUUUGUAUUCUUAGAGCAGCAUCAAGCCCCACCCUAGUCAACAUCACACCUUAAAGCUCUUAAUGGAU